AUGUCCUGCUCCAGCCACCAGUCCCCCCAGGUCAUGUGCAGCCAAGCCUGCCUGCAGUGCAUCCCGUCGGUGGAGGAGGCCCUGAGCCACCUGCGCUUCGCCCUGGUGCCCGGGCGCUUCCAGGAGGAGCAGAUGCAGGCCCGCGCGCAGUCCCUGCUGCUGGGCAUGGAGGGCCCUUUCUUCCGCGACUACGCGCUGAACGCCUUCGUGGGGAAAGUGGGGACAGCCAAACUGGACCGGGUGGCCACUUUUGUUAAGAAUCAAACAAAGUUGAUCUCGGAACAACCCCUGAAAGAUGAGCCACUGCUGGAAAAGUUGGUGGCUUUUAGACUGAGGGUGCUUCACGAACUCAAGAGCAUUCUGAAAGACUAUGAACACAAAGCCUGCGACCCUAAGCUUUGCUACACGCUGCAAGAGGAGGUCACGGACUGCUUCCUCUGCCAGAAGAUCAUUCCCAAGUGCAUCAAUAACAAGUAUUGCUUUGUGAACCGGCAGCCCCGCAUGACCCUGCAGUUCCAGGACAGGGAGUACUACCCGCAGGACCAGGCUGCGCUGGGCAUCACCAUCUCCGUGUUCCUGGCUUUCUUCCUCUUCCUGACCAUGUUGUUCUCGGCUUACAUGUACCGACAGAAUCGACGGCUCCUGCUGCAGUAGGGCAUGUGGGGUGCAGAAGAAAUGUCGUUAAUAAAGCCUGUGACACAUUC